AUUUAACCACCUGCGGAUAUCACAAGCCCACGCAGUGUCCUAAGACCUACCCUCUCCCUCCUGGUGGUCUCAUUAAGGGAAAUGUAAACAAAACCUUAUUACAUGACGUGAAUCUUGUAAUGGCGCAUGUUAGUUACAAUAUCUCGAACAUCCUGUCAGCUUAUGUAACCCAUUGUGACAUAAAGGACAAAACAUAUGCAUGGCUGCAGGCACGGCUCGAUGAUUUAGUUUCUGAUUAUAAAGGCAGACUUGCCGUUCAAAUUCCACCCGUACGCUCUAAGCGAGACUUGUUCGGAGAUGUUACAGGUCUUUUCGGUUCAGGUAACUCUAUUGCAAACACCUAUAAAAUAACCAAACAAUCUCAAUACUCAGCAUGGUUGGCAAAUCAAGUGGCCACUGGUUUCCAACACCUCACUAAUAGCAAUGAGAAUAUCAUUAAGGCUGUAAGGUCCGAAGCGCAGGCGCUUCUUGCCAUCAGCCAUUCAUUAUUCAAUCAGACCCGUACCAUCGAGCGUGCCUUAGUCUGCAGAACAUAUGCUCAGGAUCUGUUUACUGCUGCCAGACAAGAGAUUUUAGACCUUCGUCUGCGCAAACCCCCGAGGCAUGUUCUAAAUGAUUUGAUAGAAACUUUAGACCUGCACAGGUGGAUUGUGUCAGAAAAAAUGAAAGACAUAAAGCAUGCCGAAUUAUUGACAACUUUUAUGAUGUACACAGGGACUGAAUGUGUGGGAUGUAUUGGGUUCUUUGUUUCUUUUCCUUUAAUUCACCCAGAACAGGUGUACCCAAAUUCCACUACCAUACGCUCUAUCGGCGUAGUAGUGAAGAAUCAGAUUCUAAAAUUAGAUCACCUUACCGGGUAUAUCACUAUGAGGGGCACAGAGACCAUAUUCACCACUCGCAUGUGUUGUCAUGAAACCUCUAGCUAUAUCAUCUGUACCUGUAACACCUUGCAACCUUUUUCUCCCAAUGAUACCAAAUUCAUUAGUGUGCAGUCUUUGCAUGGCCACGCUGACGCUAUCCAGGUUUCCCACACACAAUGGUGCGUCAUCAGCGAGAUGAACUCUUUCUCGUAUGGAGGUCUGACCUGUCCAGCAAACCACACUUUCUGCUUGGAAGUGACGGAAGAUUUGGCCAUGGGUCAGAUCAACAUUCUAGGCCGAGUUCCACUGGAGGUAGACGUCUCCCCGUGGUGGGAGGACACAUUCUACGAACAAGGAACGCGGGCCCUGACUGACCUAAUGAGUUUGGUAGAACAGAUCAUCCGUGACACCAAUUACCACAUCAACCAGGCUCAGGUGGAGGUGAAUCUGGCCAAAAGAACAGCGGAGAUCCUGGCCAGCUCCUCUACCCGGUCCGCCCAGGACGCGUACACCUGGUGGGAUUGGGUGUUCCGAGGGUGCGUCAUCGCUAGCGCAGUCAUCUUUACCAUCACCCUGGUUCAAUGCUGUUAUUUUCGACACCUAAUACACUCUCUGCGCACCUCCACUCAUGCUGCUUUGGUUCUCAGCCCCCUCCAGUUGCCAGCGAGACCGGGCUUGAGACCAUAAACACCGGACCUGGACUGCUGUCAAAGUUGGGCAUUUUCAGUGACCCCUGGGACAGCGUUCUGUUUGUCCCACGGGGCCAGAGAGGGGAAUCUGUAAGGCCCACGGGAACAGGCAUAGAGUGGAAUUUCCUCUCUGACUGUCGUAAAGCAAUUCGCCAGGUGCAGAGUCUGAUAUUGUCGGGACAGAGUGACCCGUAAG